ACGGGCUGCGCCGCGGGCAGCCCCGGGGCAGCCGAUCGGGGCGGGGGGACGGAGCGGGACGGGAGAGCGGCGGGUUGCCCGCAGCGGAUCCGCGAGGAUGAGGGGCCGGAUCCCGGCCGUGCUCUGCCUGACCGUGGCCUUGGCAUCGCUGGUGCCCGCGGCCGGAGCCCGCCGGAGCCAGGACCUGCACUGCGGAGCGUGCCGGGCACUGGUGGAUGAGCUGGAGUGGGAGAUCUCCCAGGUGGACCCCAGGAAAACCAUCCAGAUGGGCUCGUUCCGCAUCAACCCCGACGGCAGCCAGUCGGUCGUGGAGGUGCCGUACGCGCGCUCGGAGGCGCAUCUGACGGAGCUGCUGGAGCGGGUGUGCGAGAAGAUGAAGGAGUACGGGGAGAAAACGGACCAGGCCACGCACAGGAAGAGCUACGUGCGGGUGAUCUCCCACGACGGCACCAAGAUGAACCUCUCUGGGGUCAAGUUCGACGGGGACGUGACUUCCAGCCUGAAGUUCGCGUGCGAGAGCAUCGCUGAGGAAUACGAGGAUGAGCUCAUUGAGUUUCUCUCCCACGAGGCUGAAAACGUCAAGGAUCGGCUCUGCAGCAAAAGGACGGACCUGUGUGACCACGCGCUCCACAUCCCACACGACGAGCUGUGAUGCCCCAGCUGCCUCUGGACCACGCUGCCCGGUGGCCUCGCCGGGACCG